AUGCUACGCAGUAUUUUGUUCGUUGGCCUUCUCUUUGGCUUCGGUGUAGAUGCGUCUGGCGCGCUCACCCAACCUACCGUGAAUUUGGAUAAUGCGACAUUCACUGGAAUCACUGUCGGAAACUUCUCUAAAUUUCUAGGCAUACGUUUUGCACAACCUCCCAUAGGAGACUAUCGUUUUCAGAUCCCUCAACCUUAUCCGGCUUACACCGGUAUGCAUAAUGUUACACUAUAUGGUCCUGCCUGCCCUCAGCAGAAUCCUUCAAAUGCCACUAUCAAGCACGAUGUUUGUACUUGCUUUCCUCACUUAUGCGAGUCUUUUCCCAUCCCGCCCCCCACCACGGAUUGGCUCAGCGAAGACUGUCUCUAUAUUAACGUCAUAAGACCCGCUGGUGCAACGUCAAGCUCGAAGCUACCUGUGCUAGUUCAAUUGUAUGGGGGUGGCUUUGAGACAGGCAUCGCAGAAAAUAACGAUGAAGGCUCUGUUAUUGUACUGAAUAGAGCCAUCGAACUUGAGAAACCUGUGGUGUAUGUCAGUAUGAACUAUAGAUUGAAUGCAUUCGGGUUUUUAGCUAGUCAAGAGGUCAAAAACGAAGGUGUAGGAAACCUUGGCCUUCGAGAUCAGCGUGAGGGGCUUAGAUGGAUUCAAAAAUAUAUCAGUGCAUUCGGAGGCGAUCCGACAAAAGUCACACUCUGGGGCCAAAGUGCAGGAGCAAUUUCCAUCUCCUUUCAGAUGCUCACUAAUGGUGGCAACACGGAGGGUCUAUUUCACGGUGCUUUCAUGCACUCCGGGGCUCCAAUGCCCGUAGGUGAUAUCACCAAUGGUCAGCCAUAUUAUGAUGCGCUGGUGGGAGAGACAGGCUGUUCUGGGGCGUCUGAUACGCUGCAGUGCCUUCGGAAUGUCCCAUAUGAUGAUAUUAUGAUGGCCGUUAAUAAAUCCCCUAAUCUUGAAUCCUAUCAGGCUCUAGCAUUGGCGUGGGCACCAAGAGCCGAUGGCGAUUUUCUAGUGGAUCAUCCCCAGCUGUUAGUGCAGAAUGGAUCAGUUGCUGACAUUCCAUUCGUUUCGAGUAACUGUGACGAUGAGGGAACUGAUUUCUCUUUCAGCACCUGUAACGUUACGACAGAUGGUCAGUUUCGUGACUACCUCUCAACCUACUGGAUCAAAGGAGCACCGGAUGAAAAUAUGACUACCCUGUUGCAACAAUAUCCUCAAGAUCCGACUGAAGGAUCACCUUUUGAUACAGGAAACAACAAUACAUUGACAUCUCAAUUCAAACGCGUUGCAGCCUUCCAAGGAGACGUAGUAUUCCAGGCUCCUCGUCGCUUCUUACUGCACCAGCGCUCAGACGAGCAAAAUACGUGGUCGUACCUUAGCAAACUAAACAAGACUGCCUUGUAUUUAGGUUCGUCUCACGGCAGCGACAUUCGAAGCUUAAUCGGACCUGGUGACACACCAAUGGCUGACUACCUUAUCAACUUUGUCGCAAACCUCGAUCCCAAUGGGGGUGCGAAUCCGGAAUGGCCGCGGUAUACAAAAGAGUCCCCUAAUCUCCUGAUGAUGUCGGACGGACCAACUUUUGGAAAUAUACAGAUCAAUUUCACACAGGACACCUACAGGACGGAUCCUAUGGAAGUUUUGACUAGUCUUUCUCUUGCUUAUCCGCUCUGA